GGUUGACACACUCAUACUUCUACAUCUUUUACAUCUCUGGUCUCGAUGUUAAUUGACUACAGCAAAAGCGGUGUCCAAUGCCCAGUACCUAUCCUCUUGGCUCCAGACAAAUGUUCGCAACUUCGCUGGCUGGCUCCAGGUCUGGACCUCUCAAUGCUCCUGCCUCCAUGGACCAGCGUAUCAAGUUCUCCUCCCCGUUGCAGCCGAGCGGUUGACAUUGGCCAUUGUUCAGAGACACCAUGCAUGGCGUCGCUAGUCUGAUACCCGUCUGCUUGGGUCUGGGCUCUCUUGUCGCCAGCCUCGAGGGGCUGAGAAUCCCCCUGCAGGCUCAACCUUCGGUGUUGAUAUGCUGAGGGGUUUGGAAAUGCGGUGGGCAAGUCUUCCUAUUUGGUCCCUUUCUCUCCGUCUCUUUCUUGCAGCAACCGAUUGCUUCCAAAUCCCAUCUUUUCGAAGUGGUAAUUCUCUCCAUUUUGUCCGCCAAACUUUCGAGGUUGGGCUUUCACUUACGUUUGUCCAUCUGAAUCACCCGACCGACUAGCGGGCACAGUCGCUCGCUUCCAUGUCUGCCCAAAAGUACGAUGAUAGCAGGUUCACACGCCGGGCUUGUGUGACUGGUUUGGUCUUGUGUUGGUUUGUUGCUGUAGGCAGUAUCAUCGGAGGUGGACUAUGUCUCUACAAGGAGGUUCGUGAUGACGAUUCAAUCCGGAUCGACUUGUCCAACAGAUGGAGAGAGCUUCUCCCUCUCGGACUGAACAUAUUCAUUACCCUACUCAACGAUAGCAUGGGAUACAUCCAUGCCGUUGCUCUCCGUUGGUCUCUCAUAAGAGAAGGGAGCCUAGACUUCAACUCGAACCUGCGUCUACUCACAUUCUCCAAGAAAAGUCCCCCGAACGGUUAUAUCCCCAACUUUCUCUACCUUUUCGGAAUCAUACUCGCCUAUGGUGCUACCUCUGUCAUAUUCUUGAGCCUUAACCCCGAGCUCGCCCGUCUGCUAGGCAAGUCCUACGAAAUCACCGACACAAGGGGUGUCCAUCUAAACGGCAUUGCUCUCAUUAUUCUCGGCUGCGGCUUUCUCCUCCAAGCCGCCGUUACCAACUGGGCCUUGGCGGGUACUAAGAUUCCCACAUGGAGCUCGAACCCGCUCAUCAUUGCGAACACGUGCAUGAAUCAUGAUACCGAACACUACCAGGUCAUGCCUCGCCAAGGCCGCUGUAUGAUGGGAGUUCACCUGGCAGGGAAUGACAUCAAGGCCAUCCGACCUACUCGAAAGCAAAGGCCAAUGAUUACAGCACAUCCCCAUGUCCGCCGUGUGUUGUAUCUCUUGUGGGCUCUUCCAAUCUUGAGCGGCGUUUGGGGAGGCGGUGUCUACGGUUACCUCUUACGUGGGAGUAAAAAUGGGAUCUUUGGGCGGUCAUGGAGUCUUCUCCCAGAGUUUCCACCUCACAUAGACGAGAACUGCCACACUAAGCAAUGUACUGACGGGACAUCAGUACUGAACCUGGGCUGGAGUACCACCGGUGGUGCGGCUGGUACAACAGGUGGCGUCUUCCUCAUCAUUGCGAUCCAGUCUGUGGUAACUCUCUCUCUUCAUUGUGCCGAACUGAUCGUGAAUCUUUCACGGGACGAAGGCAUAUACAGGAAGCUGAUCGGACCAAGAGGCACCAACGGGCACUUCAACUCAGUCGUGGAAGCCUUCACCUCAUGGCAAACAAUUUUUUUGUUUACUCUCAAAUCCGGUGUUCACUGGAUGUUCGGUUUGGCUAUUAAUCUCCAAUUUCAGCUGGGGGUCAACAUGUACCCCUCACAAAUAUUUUACUUUGGUGGCCUAACUUUGGUGGCCGCCUUGUUUGGUUUGCUCCUGUCUUUGCAGCGCCCAUCAGGUUACUUGCCGCCAACAUACGGCCACAUCCAAACUAUCGCCGACAUUAUUGACGAAUGGGCGGAUUCUGGAUGCAUGUUUUGGGGUGAGAAGGGUCCACAUUACACUGGAACAAGCACCAAGCGGCUCAAACAACCCAAUCCAAACGUUGAGUACGGGGGAAUGAAGAAGGGCGACGGCCAAGGGAGUCACAGUGACGAUAUCACGGUGAUACCUCUUGAAACCUUCAGUCCAGCCAGUCUGGUAGCCUCACCACCAAUGGACCAGAGCUUUGGCUAUGUCUCUCCGGUUGUUCAGACACCUCCUUCGGCAAAUGCUGCCUGGGGCCAGCCGUGGCAACAACAGCAGCAUCAGACGAGCUACGAAAGUCUCAACAGCAGGUUCUCGGGACAGACUGGGUAUUCGGCGUAUAGCAACCAGAGCACACAACCAUUCUUGCACAGUUAUAGGAGCUAUUAG